GACAUCCUCGAGCUACUCAGAGGCAUGGUCAAAUUGAACAAUGCCAACUGGCACACAUGGCUACUCGACUUCAAGUCGACCUUCCGUACCAUACCACUUGUAAUGGACAUCAUGACCGGUACAAUCAAGGACGAUCACCCAUCUUACGACGCCCAACUAGACGCCAAGUUCGUAGGAAUCAUCCGAAACUCUUGCGACAAGGAAAGCUCCAAGAACAUCAGACACAUCGUCAACGUCAAGGAAUGGAACACCGGGAGCGAGCUAUUCCAACAGCUACAGAGCGAGCUCUGCAGAGACGACGACAUCACCUCGGGCAGCCUCCUGAUGGAGCUCGGACGAGUGCGAAUGUUCAACAACGACGUCGAAAAGACUAUCAGCGAGAUCAAUGACAUCGCCACUAAAGGCUCACUCAUCGGACUGGUCAUCGAAGACCAGCAGAAGGUUACCCAACUCGCCUCCUGCACCCAGUUCUCUCAGGGCUACGGCGAGGUCUGGAGUACACUCGAGACCGUCGGGAAAGCACACAAGUGGCAAUCACUGUGCGCCGCCAUGCGCCGAAGACACAACCGCAUCAAGAACGACCCUGGAAGGAUGAGUUCUUCCCGAAGAUCCAGUGCCCCGGCCGCCAUGCCUAGCAGCAGUGACUCACAGGGCGUCUCACAAGCGUACCUCCUCGGGAAGAGGGACCCUAGGAAGCCAGAUGAGCCCGCAAAGUGCUACGACUGUGGUGACCCCGGUCACAUCGCCAAGAACUGCCCCAAU